GAGUUGUUAACUUUGGCUCUCGGGCUGAGGGAUUAUUAUUAUUAUUACAGACAUCACUCUGAUCUUGCGCAUAGUUAACGUAUUCAACGUGCCUCUUCUUGCAGGUGUUCCAAGGAUUUUGGCUGACAAUCGGGAUGGAAAGAAAGUAGUUAAAAUUAGUGAGUUGUUAACUUUGGCUCUCGGGCUGAGGGAUUAUUAUUAUUAUUACAGACAUCACUCUGAUCUUGCGCAUAGUUAACGUAUUCAACGGUAAAUUCUCAAAAUUACAAGUCGCAAAUAAAAGAUUGCAUUUUCUGCAUUUCCGGAUUCUGUCAUAAAUAAAAAUAGUGCCUCUUCUUGCAGGUGUUCCAAGGAUUUUGGCUGACAAUCGGGAUGGAAAGAAAGUAGUUAAAAUUAGUGAGUUGUUAACUUUGGCUCUCGGGCUGAGGGAUUAUUAUUAUUAUUACAGACAUCACUCUGAUCUUGCGCAUAGUUAACGUAUUCAACGGUAAAUUCUCAAAAUUACAAGUCGCAAAUAAAAGAUUGCAUUUUCUGCUUUUCCGGAUUCUGUCAUAAAUAAAAAUAGUGCCUCUUCUUGCAGGUGUUUCAAGGAUUUUGACUGACAAUCGGGAUGGAAAGAAAGUAGUUAAAAUUAAUGAGUUGUUAACUUUGACUCUCGGGCUGAGGGAUUAUUAUUAUUAUUACAGAGAUCACUCUGAUCUUGCGCAUAGUUAACGUAUUCAACGGUAAAUUCUCAAAAUUACAAGUCGCAAAUAAAAGAUUGCAUUUUCUGCUUUUCCGGAUUCUGUCAUAAAUAAAAAUAGUGCCUCUUCUUGCAGGUGUUUCAAGGAUUUUGACUGACAAUCGGGAUGGAAAGAAAGUAGUUAAAAUUAAUGAGUUGUUAACUUUGGCUCUCGGGCUGAGGGAUUAUUAUUAUUAUUACAGAGAUCACUCUGAUCUUGAGCAUAGUUAACGUAUUCAACGGUAAAUUCUCAAAAUUACAAGUCGCAAAUAAAAGAUUGCAUUUUCUGCAUUUCCGGAUUCUGUCAUAAAUAAAAAUAGUGCCUCUUCUUGCAGGUGUUCCAAGGAUUUUGACUGACAAUCGGGAUAGAAAGAAAGUAGUUAAAAUUAGUGAGUUGUUAACUUUGGCUCUCGGGCUGAGGGAUUAUUAUUAUUAUUACAGACAUCACUCUGAUCUUGCGCAUAGUUAACGUAUUCAACGGUAAAUUCUCAAAAUUACAAGUCGCAAAUAAAAGAUUGCAUUUUCUGCUUUUCCGGAUUCUGUCAUAAAUAAAAAUAGUGCCUCUUCUUGCAGGUGUUUCAAGGAUUUUGACUGACAAUCGGGAUGGAAAGAAAGUAGUUAAAAUUAGUGAGUUGUUAACUUUGGCUCUCGGGCUGAGGGAUUAUUAUUAUUAUUACAGACAUCACUCUGAUCUUGCGCAUAGUUAACGUAUUCAACGGUAAAUUCUCAAAAUGACAAGUCGCAAAUAAAAGAUUGCAUUUUCUGCAUUUCCGGAUUCUGUCAUAAAUAAAAAUAGUGCCUCUUCUUGCAGGUGUUCCAAGGAUUUUGGCUGACAAUCGGGAUGGAAAGAAAGUAGUUAAAAUUAGUGAGUUGUUAACUUUGGCUCUCGGGCUGAGGGAUUAUUAUUAUUAUUACAGACAUCACUCUGAUCUUGCGCAUAGUUAACGUAUUCAACGGUAAAUUCUCAAAAUUACAAGUCGCAAAUAAAAGAUUGCAUUUUCUGCUUUUCCGGAUUCUGUCAUAAAUAAAAAUAGUGCCUCUUCUUGCAGGUGUUUCAAGGAUUUUGACUGACAAUCGGGAUGGAAAGAAAGUAGUUAAAAUUAAUGAGUUGUUAACUUUGGCUCUCGGGCUGAGGGAUUAUUAUUAUUAUUACAGAGAUCACUCUGAUCUUGAGCAUAGUUAACGUAUUCAACGGUAAAUUCUCAAAAUGACAAGUCGCAAAUAAAAGAUUGCAUUUUCUGCUUUUCCGGAUUCUGUCAUAAAUAAAAAUAGUGCCUCUUCUUGCAGGUGUUUCAAGGAUUUUGACUGACAAUCGGGAUGGAAAGAAAGUAGUUAAAAUUAGUGAGUUGUUAACUUUGGGGCUCGGACUGAGGGAUUAUUAUUAUUAUUACAGAGAUCACUCUGAUCUUGCGCAUAGUUAACGUAUUCAACGGUGUUCCAAGGAUUUUGGCUGACAAUCGGGAUGGAAAGAAAGUAGUUAAAAUUAGUGAGUUGUUAACUUUGGCUCUCGGGCUGAGGGAUUAUUAUUAUUAUUACAGACAUCACUCUGAUCUUGCGCAUAGUUAACGUAUUCAACGGUAAAUUCUCAAAAUUACAAGUCGCAAAUAAAAGAUUGCAUUUUCUGCUUUUCCGGAUUCUGUCAUAAAUAAAAAUAGUGCCUCUUCUUGCAGGUGUUUCAAGGAUUUUGACUGACAAUCGGGAUGGAAAGAAAGUAGUUAAAAUUAGUGAGUUGUUAACUUUGGCUCUCGGGCUGAGGGAUUAUUAUUAUUAUUACAGACAUCACUCUGAUCUUGCGCAUAGUUAACGUAUUCAACGGUAAAUUCUCAAAAUUACAAGUCGCAAAUAAAAGAUUGCAUUUUCUGCAUUUCCGGAUUCUGUCAUAAAUAAAAAUAGUGCCUCUUCUUGCAGGUGUUCCAAGGAUUUUGACUGACAAUCGGGAUAGAAAGAAAGUAGUUAAAAUUAGUGAGUUGUUAACUUUGGCUCUCGGGCUGAGGGAUUAUUAUUAUUAUUACAGACAUCACUCUGAUCUUGCGCAUAGUUAACGUAUUCAACGGUAAAUUCUCAAAAUUACAAGUCGCAAAUAAAAGAUUGCAUUUUCUGCUUUUCCGGAUUCUGUCAUAAAUAAAAAUAGUGCCUCUUCUUGCAGGUGUUUCAAGGAUUUUGACUGACAAUCGGGAUGGAAAGAAAGUAGUUAAAAUUAGUGAGUUGUUAACUUUGGCUCUCGGGCUGAGGGAUUAUUAUUAUUAUUACAGACAUCACUCUGAUCUUGCGCAUAGUUAACGUAUUCAACGGUAAAUUCUCAAAAUGACAAGUCGCAAAUAAAAGAUUGCAUUUUCUGCAUUUCCGGAUUCUGUCAUAAAUAAAAAUAGUGCCUCUUCUUGCAGGUGUUCCAAGGAUUUUGGCUGACAAUCGGGAUGGAAAGAAAGUAGUUAAAAUUAGUGAGUUGUUAACUUUGGCUCUCGGGCUGAGGGAUUAUUAUUAUUAUUACAGACAUCACUCUGAUCUUGCGCAUAGUUAACGUAUUCAACGGUAAAUUCUCAAAAUUACAAGUCGCAAAUAAAAGAUUGCAUUUUCUGCUUUUCCGGAUUCUGUCAUAAAUAAAAAUAGUGCCUCUUCUUGCAGGUGUUUCAAGGAUUUUGACUGACAAUCGGGAUGGAAAGAAAGUAGUUAAAAUUAAUGAGUUGUUAACUUUGGCUCUCGGGCUGAGGGAUUAUUAUUAUUAUUACAGAGAUCACUCUGAUCUUGAGCAUAGUUAACGUAUUCAACGGUAAAUUCUCAAAAUGACAAGUCGCAAAUAAAAGAUUGCAUUUUCUGCUUUUCCGGAUUCUGUCAUAAAUAAAAAUAGUGCCUCUUCUUGCAGGUGUUUCAAGGAUUUUGACUGACAAUCGGGAUGGAAAGAAAGUAGUUAAAAUUAGUGAGUUGUUAACUUUGGGGCUCGGACUGAGGGAUUAUUAUUAUUAUUACAGAGAUCACUCUGAUCUUGCGCAUAGUUAACGUAUUCAACGGUGUUCCAAGGAUUUUGGCUGACAAUCGGGAUGGAAAGAAAGUAGUUAAAAUUAGUGAGUUGUUAACUUUGGCUCUCGGGCUGAGGGAUUAUUAUUAUUAUUACAGACAUCACUCUGAUCUUGCGCAUAGUUAACGUAUUCAACGGUAAAUUCUCAAAAUUACAAGUCGCAAAUAAAAGAUUGCAUUUUCUGCUUUUCCGGAUUCUGUCAUAAAUAAAAAUAGUGCCUCUUCUUGCAGGUGUUUCAAGGAUUUUGACUGACAAUCGGGAUGGAAAGAAAGUAGUUAAAAUUAGUGAGUUGUUAACUUUGGCUCUCGGGCUGAGGGAUUAUUAUUAUUAUUACAGACAUCACUCUGAUCUUGCGCAUAGUUAACGUAUUCAACGGUAAAUUCUCAAAAUUACAAGUCGCAAAUAAAAGAUUGCAUUUUCUGCUUUUCCGGAUUCUGUCAUAAAUAAAAAUAGUGCCUCUUCUUGCAGGUGUUUCAAGGAUUUUGACUGACAAUCGGGAUGGAAAGAAAGUAGUUAAAAUUAGUGAGUUGUUAACUUUGGCUCUCGGGCUGAGGGAUUAUUAUUAUUAUUACAGACAUCACUCUGAUCUUGCGCAUAGUUAACGUAUUCAACGGUAAAUUCUCAAAAUUACAAGUCGCAAAUAAAAGAUUGCAUUUUCUGCUUUUCCGGAUUCUGUCAUAAAUAAAAAUAGUGCCUCUUCUUGCAGGUGUUUCAAGGAUUUUGACUGACAAUCGGGAUGGAAAGAAAGUAGUUAAAAUUAAUGAGUUGUUAACUUUGGCUCUCGGGCUGAGGGAUUAUUAUUAUUAUUACAGAGAUCACUCUGAUCUUGAGCAUAGUUAACGUAUUCAACGGUGUUUCAAGGAUUUUAACUGACAAUCGGGAUGGAAAGAAAGUAGUUAAAAUUAGUGAGUUGUUAACUUUGGCUCUCGGGCUGAGGGAUUAUUAUUAUUAUUACAGAGAUCACUCUGAUCUUGCGCAUAGUUAACGUAUUCAACGGUAAAUUCUCAAAAUUACAAGUCGCAAAUAAAAGAUUGCAUUUUCUGCAUUUCCGGAUUCUGUCAUAAAUAAAAAUAGUGCCUCUUCUUGCAGGUGUUCCAAGGAUUUUGACUGACAAUCGGGAUGGAAAGAAAGUAGUUAAAAUUAGUGAGUUGUUAACUUUGGCUCUCGGGCUGAGGGAUUAUUAUUAUUAUUACAGACAUCACUCUGAUCUUGCGCAUAGUUAACGUAUUCAACGGUAAAUUCUCAAAAUUACAAGUCGCAAAUAAAAGAUUGCAUUUUCUGCUUUUCCGGAUUCUGUCAUAAAUAAAAAUAGUGCCUCUUCUUGCAGGUGUUUCAAGGAUUUUAACUGACAAUCGGGAUGGAAAGAAAGUAGUUAAAAUUAGUGAGUUGUUAACUUUGGCUCUCGGGCUGAGGGAUUAUUAUUAUUAUUACAGAGAUCACUCUGAUCUUGCGCAUAGUUAACGUAUUCAACGGUAAAUUCUCAAAAUUACAAGUCGCAAAUAAAAGAUUGCAUUUUCUGCAUUUCCGGAUUCUGUCAUAAAUAAAAAUAGUGCCUCUUCUUGCAGGUGUUCCAAGGAUUUUGACUGACAAUCGGGAUGGAACGAAACUUGGAGCGGACGCCGAUCAUGUAUAUCUUGAAUGAAAAUUCACAAUUCGGGGGGCCCCUCGACGCGGUCUCCUUUCAUUCGAGUAGCACUCUCGGUUUCGUUUCUGCAAAAGGUCCCCGUCGCAACUCGUUGCGCACGGCCUAUGCGGCAGUUCGCAGGGGGAAAGGUUCCCCGAUUCCUGUGGUUACCCCACCCUUUCACCGCCUUCACUGCCACCUGUACAGGUCGACCGAGACUGGACGAGAAUGGGACCAGGAGUUGAAAAGGAAUGGUAGCGAGAGAGUCCAAGUCGCCGAUGGUGGAGGUGGAGGAGGACGAAGAGGAGGGAAGGGUUCCGGAGUGGCUGUCGCGACUGUCUCGAGUGCGCUCGCGCUCGCUCGCGCGGCCACUUAAAUGUGAAAGUAAGUCCGUCUUACAGUUGACCGAAACUGCGUGCCCCCCGUGUCGUUCCCGUCGGUUACCCGCGGCCGACGUGCGAUGCCGUAGCCGUGUUGUUUCGCGCGCGAUACCGCGGGAUGUACAUUACUCGCGCGGCUCCGAUCAGCGGCGGUUUCACGGUCGCUGUCGACACGUUGUAGAAAAAACGAACAAGAAGAAGAGGCCGAUCACUUCGUGUCUACGCGCGACUUGACUCUUCACCACGCACGUGCAUAUCCUGACCGCAGCGCGCAUCUUCAUUCUUUUUUAUCGGUUCAUUCGACACCUCCGUCGCGAUCAUUUUGCAACCAGCAGUUGAAGUAACAAAUUCGUUUGUCAGCUGUCCUUUAUGUUGCGCGCCUCCCAUCCUCUGAAGAAGUCGAUUGGCAAGAAGACACGAUCGGCGAUGAAGAUAGCGGUGGAAUCGUAAGGAAGAAAGAAGAGAUGCGAUAAUCAAAGGGGGAACAAGAGGAAGAUCGACGUCUGCGGAGGACCGUUACUACAGUGACCAAAGUCAUCAGCUUCCCGAGUCUGCCUUCAUCUCGGCCGAAUCGAACGUUCUUCUACGCUUAGAAAAAAAUUCAAGUUCCUCCUGCCUACGGGGAAGAAGUGGAAGUGCGUGUGCGUCAGUGUUGACAUUACCAUUCCGUUCCGGAGAACUCUCGCGGUUGAAAUUCGGUCAAUCGGUGCACGCGGAAGAAAAUCAGUCGCGUAUAACGACCUAACGAUCGACAUUACUCUCGAGCGAAAAUCGUCCGACAAUCGCGGCCGCGUUGUUUUUCAAUAACGCCACGCUCGUUCUGUACAUAUACAUUUAUCGAGGUGCACACGCACGCACGGGCACGUAAAGAAGAGCAGAGAGAUUUUACGUAAGUCGAGUUCCUCGACCGCAGUUAUGAGCGGACGAGCGGAAUUCGCGAUAUGAAUGAAUUUUAGUUGCGGUUUCACUCAACACACACGCACACACGCGCACUCGGCGAGACAGCAUGUGAUGAAUCGGAGUGCUCGCGCGUGCAUGCGAACGUGGACCGCAAGUUAAAUGUAUAUUCGCACGUAACGACGUAGACGAGGAGAAGGAAAGUGGAAAGCGUUAGGCGAAAUCGCGCGCAGCAUUCGCCCACUUGGAGGACACUUGACGGAUCAUCCGAUUGCUUGGAGUCCCCGUCUCCGUCUUCUCCGUGCGUCGUUAACUAUGCGUUCGCGGCGUCGAGCGUAGGCCUCGAUCAGGGUUUUCUCCGUCGGGAUCCAGGAUUCACAAGGACUCUGCAAUUAUGAGACGAACGGUGCUCGUCAUCGCUUUCUGCCUCUUGGGCUUCGUCUUAGCGGGGAGUCCUCGGCUACCUCGAACAUCCGCUGACCAGCGUAGCACGCGCAGUCCAAGCCAUAGCAACAGUACCGCCGGCGUCACGCUGCAGCCGUCCUCUCGCAACUCGCAACGAAAUAGAGAACAAUACCUGUUCAAUGUAUUCGAAGUGAUAGUGUCGACUUUGGAGUCGAAGUUGCAACGAAUCGAGAAUUUAGACAAGGCGGUGGAACACUUGAUGAGACGAGUCGAAGCUCUCGACUCGCGUGUAAAUGACAAUAUCGAUAAAACGGAUGCGGUCAUUACGAAACUCAGGACGCUGGACCUGAAACUUUUCAAUACGUAUCCUAUUAUGUCAGCGGAAGCUAUUCACGCAGCGAAGGUCGGCGAAAAUGGGAGCGGAAGUCACACCGAAGACACCCCGUUGAUACACAUGAUCCAUCACGAUCGGAAUGAUCGGUCUCCGGAAACACUUGGCGAAAAACUAGUCUCGUUGGAUCAGAAGGUCUCCGAUAUCGAUCAUAAGCUCGUCAAUCUUAAGAAUCAGCUCGAUAAUAAUUUCUUACAAAAUGACGAUAUAAACGCCGAGGCAAGUGAAAAGAAGCCUGUCAGUAUGAGCGUCAUCGAGAUCACGAAGGCCAUGAGCAAUGAAGUGAUGAAUCACAUGACGAUCGAAAUCGAGAAUCUGAGACAAGCGACAGGUAACAUGGAUCGGAAGCUUCAAUUCCACAUGAAUCUGGUAUCGGACAAUCUUGGAGCGAUGUACAACAUGAUUACCGAUGUGCACGAGGCUAUCGUCGAGAAGAAGUACGGAGGAGAUCGGCAGAAUCGGCUUAACUUAACGACAACUGAAGCACCAGUGAAACAAAGCAAGAUCGAUCGUAUCGUCGAACAGAUGCACCCAAUGCUCACCGUCUCCGAAAAGAUGGAUCAAGUUUGGAACGUAGUGAUGGGGACCAAGACCUCCGUGGACGACCUGUUGCCAAAAUCCGACGAAUUGCUUACGCAGACGCAGCGGCAGGAGAGAGCGAUCAACGAAAUUCAUGCGGACCUAAGAUCGAAGACGAAUAAAAUUAUAGAAAACCUGGAGGGCGUCGAGAGUCGUUUGAAGAAACACGAGGACGUGGCCACUCUCGGGGUGCAACGUCCGAUCCCCGCCGAACUGUUGCUGGAUCCGACGAUCGAUCGGCUUGUCGAGUACGAUCCAAGCAGGUAAGAUACUCACUGAUCAAUUUCAAUCAAUCGUGCAACUGUGAAUUAAGUUGAUUAAUUUCAGCAUGCAAGCUAUAAAUUAAUUAUAUUAUUAGGAGUGUGAUUUAGUUUUGAGGGUUUUGCAACAG